CCAACAAAUGGGUAACGAAGAAUAUAAAAAAUGGGCAGCCGCCGGAAUUGCUGGUCUUAUCAUUGCUUAUUCCCUAUACAGGCUAGCUUCGAGAGGAAGCAAGCCUCCUGUUGAGAACCAAGAACCUGAAGAGGAGAGAAUUGAUGAUAACGAAGAAGAUAUUAUCCAUGUGGAUCCACAGAAAGAAGAAAACAUUGAGCUCUCUAAAAAGGAUGCACUGUUCAGAGCUGAAGCUGUAUCUGACUGCAAGUAUGAUCUUGUCCUGUCCUUCCUCAAGAAUGAUAAGACCUACGAGGGAUACAAUAGAAUUUCAUUCACCUUUAAAGGAGAUGGCAAGCAAGAGCUGUUCCUCAAUUACAAGGGUGAUUCGAUCUAUUACAUCAAAAUUAACGGAAAGAAGAUUUCAGCCAAGGAGAAUAUCUUUAGAGAAAACAAGGUCUAUCUUCCUACCAAAUAUCUGCAGGAGCACAAUAUCGUGGAUAUUAGGUUCAAGGGGAUCUACAGAAAAGACGGAAAUGGGCUUCACUAUUACGAAGAUCCUGAUGAUAAUGAGAUCUAUCUGUACACUCAAUUCGAGACUUUCCAUGCUUCAAAAUGUUUCCCUUGCUUUGAUCAGCCUGAUAUCAAAGCUACGAUGAAGCUUAGAUCCUUCUCACCAGGAGACUGGAAGGUAGUCACGAAUGAAUUUGAGAACGAGACUACCAAUUCGGCAGAUAUUUAUAACAGAUUCUUGGCAGAUAUUGGCUGCCCUGAAGAUGUCUACACUAGAUUCGAAGAGGACGAUAAUAUGCUAUUCAGACAAUUCAAUACCACCUUGAAGAUCUCUUCCUACCUCUAUGCAUUCGUGGUCGGUCCUUAUGUCUAUGAGAAGAACAAUCAUCCAAAUGCAAAGAAUUAUGUCCCCAUGAGAGUUAUGGCAAGAAAAAGCGUAAUGAAAUACGUCAAAUGUGACGACUUCUUCCGCAUUACCAUGUCUGGAAUGGACUAUUACGAAAAAUUCUUCGGUGUAAAAUACCCUUUCAACAAGUAUGACCAAAUCUUUUGUCCUGAAUUCAAUGCUGGAGCCAUGGAGAAUGUUGGAUGUGUCACUUACACUGAAAGUUACCUCUUCAGAGGAGAAGUUGUUCCACAAAGUGAUAAAGAACAACUUGCCAUCACCAUUCUUCAUGAGUUGGCUCAUAUGUGGUUUGGUAACCUUGUCACAAUGAAAUGGUGGGAUGAUCUCUGGCUUAAUGAAUCCUUUGCAACUUUCAUGUCACACAUGGCAAUGGCCUAUGGAGAAAAUCUUGACGAUUAUACUCUUUCAUGGGAAAUAUUCCUAUUUGAUAAAUCAUGGGGACUCAAAACUGAUGAAUUUUCCACGACACAUCCUAUUGCCGCUAGCUGCGAUACUACCGAGGAUGCCGACAACAUAUUUGAUGGUAUAUCAUACGGUAAAGGAGCUGCAUUCUUGAAACAAUUGGUAGCUUUCCUAUCUGAAGGAGUAUUCAGUGCAGGUCUGAAGACUUACUUCUCCAAAUAUGCUUUUCAAAAUACCGAACUUAAGGACUUCAUUGGAGAACUCCAGAAAUCAAGCGAUAGUGCUGGACAAGGUAUUGAUGUAGUCAGCUGGGCUGGAUCAUGGAUCUCUACCUCUGGAUUCAAUGUAAUUGAGCCUGUUCUCAACCUUAGUGCAGAUGGAAGCAUUGUGGACUCAUUUACUAUCAAGCAAACUCUAUCAGACCAUGGGGAGAAUUGUCUCAGAGAACAACAGAUUAAAGUAGCUUUAUUCAACUCUGACUUCGGAAUUGAGGAGAUCAUCAAUGUGAGAAUCAAAGCUUCUGAUUUCACUCUUGUCACAGAACUUGAAGGAAGACAAGCACCACACGCUAUUUUGCUGAACUACGAAGAUUGGGGAUAUGGAAGAUUCCUGAUCGAUGACAGAAGUAUGAACGCAUUCCAAGAAGGUGUUUCUAAGAUUGAAAGCAGUCUUUCUAGAAAGUUGAUUCACAACACCUUCUUUGCAAUGACUAGAGAUGGUCAAAUCUCUGCUCAUGAUUUUGCUAAUCUCAUAAAGAAGCAGAUUCCGCAAGAAACUAACCAAGAUAUUGUACUUGAACAACUUAGAUACAAUCUCAGAGUCAUCUUUAAGAACUAUAUCCCAGGAGAAUAUGAGGUAAAGGAAGCUAGCGAGAUGUUCGAUUUCUUGCUAAAAGAAUUCCUCCCAGCCACUGAUAAUGAACAGAUCCAACAGAUCAUUGUUGAAGGUUGCAUCAGUAUCUCCAGAAGUGAAGAACAUUUCAGAAUCCUUAAAUCAUGGCUUGAAACAGGCCAGAUCUCUGCAGAAAUCAACGGAGAGCACAGAGUCUUUGAAGAAAUCAAGCUGUCUCCUGAAGAUAAACAUUUCAUUCUCAAAAAGAUUUCUACCUCAGUUGAGACACCCAAAGAUGAGGUUGUCAAGUUCUACGAAAAACACCUUGAGAAUGAUGAAAACAAAGACCUUGCAAGAAAAUGUAAGCUCUCAUGUGAAGCUGCCAUCAAUGAUAGAGAUAGCAAGGUCAAGCACUGGAAGCUAAUCACUUCUUCCAAAUCUGGCCUUGGAGCUCAAGAUCAGCAAGCCAUUAUGUCUACUCUGAUGCCUAAGAAUCAAUAUGAAAUUGUCAAGGACCUGAUCGGUGAGUUCUUCAAGAUAGUCCCAAAGCAGUUCAAGACUAGAGAAAAAGAUGAUAGAGAUUUGUUCUUCUUCUUCCUGAGCCCAAAUAAAUUUGCCACUGAAGAGCUCUUAGAGAAAUACAAGGCUCUUUUGACCCACAAAGACGCCACAAAAUCCUUAAUCAACAAGACAAAGGAUGAUAUUGAAAGAAUCGAGAAAGCCUUGAAGGGACAGAAGACCUAUCUCGAAGGACUUGAAAAGAUGGGAGAUCUGAAAGCUAACAUCUAACAUGUUACUUUCUCUUCAAAAUGUUUAGUGAGCAUUCAACCAUAGUCUUGGGAAUUACAAAC